ACUGUGAACACCCCAAUGCUCUCCACAAUCUUUUUAGUUUAUUUUAAAAGUGGCGCUUUCGAUUGGGAAAUGAUGGUGUGAUGGCGAAGAUGGCAUCUGGAGAUCUCUCUUUAACGAGCACGAGUAGUCAAGAGGAAGAAAGUCCCGAAUAUGUUGGCUACGAUCGCACGCUUCGACCCUCAUUGAACUCGAGUGGCAACAAUGGCCAAAACAGUGGCAACAGUAGUGGCGGAGGCAGCGGUGUUGUCGGUGGCGGUAGCGCCGGCGGCGGUGGUGGUGGCAAUGGUAACAAUGCCAAUGUUUCAAAUGGCAACCAAUAUGACGUUAUGAAAUCGCCUUACAGUCCAGCUUUCAUGGAACUGAAUCAGUUGCGUCAUCAGCGCGCCGAUGCGCUUUGUCGCUGCGAAGAACUGCGCGGUCAGGUCGCUUACUAUCAGGAGCAAUAUGUCAGCUCAAUGGCGCAGCUGGAAAGCACCGAGCGUAACAAGUAUAUAGACGUAGUGGCAGAAAAUGCGCGGCUCAAGCAGCAGAAUACAAAGCUAGAACGACAACUGAUACGUCUGGAGAGCGAGAACGGUAAUAAGUCGGCGGCAAAUACGACGAAUGCUUACUAUUACAGCGAUGUGUCGGCAGGACGCGGUGGUGGUGGUGGCAGCGGCGGCGGGGGUGCAAAAUGUGAUGGUAGCUGUGCGGAGAGCGAAAAGCUGCUGGAGGAACUGCAUUUGUGCAAGGAAAGAAAUGCUGAUUUGUUGAAGGAGCGAAGUGUAAUUGCUGCAGAGCGGGAAAAGUAUAAAAAAAGUUUCGGCUCGACACUAGCUGAACUGGAUAAUGUGAAGAAGGAGCGUAAUUUCUAUCGCGAAUCGCGGGAGCAUUUCAAUUUGCAACGCGACAUAAUGGAGAAGGAGAUACAAAAGCUGAAGUCGCUGCUCACGGAGGAGUCCAAGAAAGUGUUACUGAUAACUGUGGAACGCAAUCGUAUCGAUGAGGAGCUUAAACAGUUGCUUUCAGAGAAGGAUAAUGUUUUGCAUGAGCAUCAGAAAAUGUUCGAUGAUUUGUCCGCAGCUAAAAACGAAAUUGAAAAUUACAAGAAAAAUGAUUUGCUGUACCAGGCGGAGAUCAAUAAGCUGCAUCAGGCCAAUGCCGAGUUGCAAAAGCGUGAUUUGCUCAAAUCCAAUUCGUGGUCAAAGGAGUUCUCCGAUAGUAAAGAUGAUUUCAAGGAGGUGGAGAAGCUACGCAAGAGCCUUGAGAAGGCCAACUCUGAAGUUGAGCGUGCGUUGCAGGAUGCCGAGCAGGCGAAGGGUGUGCGCGAUUGGGCCAUCUCACAGCGCGAAAAAAUCGUACAGGAGCGUGACUCAGUAAAGUCGCUCUGUGACAAUUUGCGCAAAGAGCGCGACAAAGCAAUAUCCGAUCUACUCUCGGCUAUACGUGACAGCGAGAAAAUAAAAAAACAAAAGGAUGAAGCACAAAAGAAGAUCGAUGUGCUGAAGGAACAAAUUGAAAAUCAGAAUCUGGAUAGCGCAUCGCGUCGCAGUUUUCGCAUGAGCACAUACGAGGCUGAGGAUCUGCUGGACAUCGAACUGAACUAUCGUUCCGAUAGCGAUAUUGGCAUAAUAUUGGACGACAGCAACAAUCGACAGCUGGUGUGCGGCGUUACCAAUAGUUCGCCUGCUUUUGGCAAGCUAAAAAUUAACGAUGUGAUUUGCAAAGUUAACAAUCUCGAUUGUCAAACCAUGACCAAGCGCAUGGUGCUGGACGAAAUACGCAGCAGCGCGCCACGCUGCAAGCUAUUAGUGUCGCGCACGCGCCACAGCAAGCGUGACUUCUACACAGUCCAUCUGAAUAUGCAGAAUAAUAUGAAUCACGGACUUAGUCUAGACAAGGGUGUCUUUAUUUCCAAGAUCGAACCAAACUCGUUGGCCGCAUACGAGCCGGAACUGGACGUGGGCGACCGAGUGUUGAGCAUCAACAACAAAUCUAUGGAGGGCGCGCACUCAGUGGAUGAUGUCAUGAGUUUAUUGAACGAUGAACGCAACGACGCCAUCACCAUUUUUGCAUUGAAGAAAGUUCAGGACAUUGGAUAUGGCGAUGGCCAACGGCGCAUGACCACUUCGUCCGCGCAAACGGACUCCAUCGACUCCAUGCACCGCAUGACGAGCGCCAAGCAUCCCUCAAAGUUCUCUGAAAUGUUGAGCAUUUUCAAGAAAAUACAUAUCUCUAAACCCGGUUCCGAUGUGGAUCACUUCACACAGGAGCAUGAUGCGCUGGCCGAAUUGGAUUCGGUGCUGAGUGAGAAUUCAUCAGAGAAGACGCGUCGCGGCAAGCGCAGUAAGAAGGAGAAGGAGGCGGCUGCCAAGAGUAUGGGCACCUGGCCGCGCGCCAACAUUCUCAACGCCACGCACGAAAACCCCACAGGCACCAUAGUGCAGCAGCGCGAGAAGAAGCGUCCACCACUGGCGCUCUUCACUGCUGGUCCGAUCAAUGUGGACAAGGAUGAUGAGCGCGAGACCUCCGACGAGCAGCCGCCGCCAUUGCCGCCGCAGGCUAAGCCACAGGCGCAUAUGCGUAACGGUAUCACUGGCGCAGGCAACGCCAUCAAAACUAAUCCGCAUCGCAAUUCGAAUCCAAUACCCGCAUCAGCGCUCUUUAGCCCCACACCUGUCGCGUCGGCCAUGUCAGGCGUAAACGGCGGCAGCGGUAAUAGCAAUAAAGUUUAUGCCAAUUACAUGCGCCACUCAGUUUAUGUGGAGCCACAAAUAGACAAUGUGGGCCUGUUGGGCGAACCGACCAAGCCACUGCACCGGCCUGCGCCCAUCAUGGGUGCGAAUAUGCGCGUUAAAAUGCCGCCGGUGCCGGACAAGUAUGCCAACCAGCGCGUGCACAACUAUCAAAAUCGUUAUUCGUUGAAUAUAACGCCCACUGAGUUCUACAAGACUAGCGGCCAGCAAGCUCAGCAACAGGUAAUACAUGGUGGCAAUGGCGCUGAGUUUUUGCCGCGUAAGCCGCACAUCUUCGACAUGUUGAACAGCGGUAAUGGCAGCAUGGGCGGCAUGCCGCACAGCGUCAGCUCAAGUAAAUCACAACCGCAUUCAGCACUCUUUGCGCCCUUGAAUCUCCACCCGCCAAAUUUCGCACGCAGCUCUUCGACAACGCAACAGAAUUCAUUGGAUAUGAUCUCGAUUAAGUCGCAAAACUCUAUCGAUUCCAUAUUGUCAGCGAAGAGUCCGCCCAUCAGCGAGUGCGCGGUCAUAAACCACUAUCCGAAGCGUGGCAUGCCAAUGCCACAGGCUGUCACAUCGGCUGCUGGCAAGAAUGUCGCCAAGUAUCCUAGUGAUAGUGAGAGCAUUGCCUCGGGCAUAAUGAGCGGCAGCGUUGGCGGUGUAGGUACAGGUGGCGGCGGCGGUGGCGUCAGCAGUGAAUUUUUCCAUACCAGCAACAUGGCCGCGCCGCCACACAAUCGACACUCGCAGCUCUUCCCUACAUUCACGCAGAUCUCCAGCCACCCACAUUCGCAUGCCAUGCGUCAAAUCCGCCACUCUAGUCCGCUUACAUUGCCCUCGUCACCACCACUACAUGCGCAUCCGCACGCCCACGCGCACCCCCCGCAUGCCUCUGCGCUGCAACAACAGUCGCAACACGGUGUAGUAGACACAGCUGCAAGUAGCGCAAUUGGUAUACCUACCAGUUCGGUGGAUAAGUUCGAUAUGGAUUUUGUUACGCCCGGAUUGCCAAUGCAUUCGCAAUAUGUGCAUGAUUACCCGCUUUCUACCGGUCAUUACCAUCCACACACUGGGAUUCCUGGCGGCGGCGGUGUCAGCGGUAUCAUUUAUGAAGGCGGCACAUUUCCACGCAAGAAGGAUCAUCAACGUUUGCGUAUACCAUCCAAUCCGAGUGUGGCGAGCAAGAAUAGCGCUGGCGUCAAGAAUAGUUCCGGCUCCAUAGAUCAUCAUUAUGUCGGCGGUGGUGGCGUCGGUGGUAUGCCCAAUGUUCCAUCAAGUAUGGCUGGCGCACCGCCGACAAUGCUAAUGUAUCAUUCAGCUAUUGCUGCGGUAGCAGCCAAUGGUGGUGGCAGUGGACGCGGUUCACCCAUGCCACAAGUGCAUGUUGAGGUGCUGAGUCAUGGCGGCAGUAAGCGUAACUCGAAUGCGCCGUCGGAUUUUUUAUGCCCUGGAGACCUUAGAAGAGUCACGAUUGAAAAGAGCGAUAAAUCGCUUGGCAUUACCAUUCAAUGCAACAACAAUGGUGGCGGCAUCUUUGUAUCGACUGUAGCCGACAAGAGCAUAGCCACGCGUGCAGGUCUUCAGGUGGGCGAUCAACUCUUGGAAGUCUGCGGCUUAAAUAUGCGUUCGGCUACAAAUGACAUCGCGGCAAAUGUGUUGCGACAGUGCGGCAACUCGAUAACAAUGCUGGUGCAAUAUAAUCCGGAAAAAUUUCAUUCCGGCGAAUACGAUGGCACCAAUAAUCUCGAGACCGAAUCUCCAGUUAAUCACUCUGGCUCGCCAACACCUCGCAACUCACCACGUCCACCAGUACGAACCAUGAUGUCAUCACUACCACCACUACCUAUCUCAGCACCCACUAACAAUCCGCUUGCACAGCAGACCAGCCUAAUGCCACAAUCAAGUUCUCUCAUUUCCACACAAUCAAUUAAGGAUCAAAGUUUUGCCGACAGUUUAGAGAAUCAAUCGGAUAUAAGUAGUAGUCAAGAUUUGCCCUCGUCAGCCGCUACAACAACCACAGCCUCGACGACAUCGACUGUUUAUGAAGAGGAAGCGCGCUAUGUGACCUUGCGCAUAGAUAAGUCGAAGAAUUUGGGCAUUAAAUUAUUUGGUGGCAACAAAGUGGGUAUCUUUGUGCAUGAUGUGCAUCCGGGUUCACCAUCCGACAUCGCAGGCAUACGAAAAGGCGAUCAGAUAUUGGAAUAUAAUGGUGUUGACCUGCGUUGUGUCACUGCCGAGCAAGCGGCCAAUGAGAUAUCCAAGUUGACGGACACUGUCACCUUGUUGGUGCAGAAUAAAUUGAAUAAAUUGAAGCAAAUCAAAGGCAAGUCGGGUGACUCUUUUUAUAUACGCGUUGGUUUCGAUCGCACUGGUGAGCUGAACGAUGGUGACUUGCGUUUUGUGAAGGAUGAGGUGCUCUAUGUGGACAAUACGGUUUUUAAUGGCACAUUUGGCUUAUGGCGCGCUUGGAAGCUGGAUGCGAAAGGACAUCGCAAGGAGUGCGGUAUUAUACCAAGUCAAAUGAAAGUAGAAGAAGAGUUGCGCGCGGGUGAAGUGGUCGAAUGUGAAACCGGCACUGCCCGCCGUGGCAGCACAUCGGCGCGUCGUUCGUUUUUUCGUCGCAAGAAACAUCAGCGCAGCUCAUCGCGUGACUCCACCGAAAUUGCCAGUUUCAGCAACACACAGCUAAGCUUCUUUCCUGAUUCGGGGAUAUUAAACGAUGAUGGCGGCAUACUAAGUUAUCAGCGUGUCGAACGUCUAGAAUCGCCAGUGCGACGUCCGGUGCUCAUAAUUGGUCCACUAUCAGAGCGUGUUAUGGAACGUUUAACUAUUGAUUUUUCGAAUUUAUUCAAAAUGUGUGAAGUCACAUCUAUGGAUUGCUCACAGGAUGCCAUGGAAGAGGGACUGCAGGAGAAUAUUUUCGUGGACUAUCGUCGGCGUGGCAAUAAAUUUGAGUGCACCACGGUAGAGAACAUUAAUAAUGCAUGCAAAAAUGAUCGUCGUCACUGCAUCUUAGAUAUCUCCAUUUCGGCCGUUGAACGCCUGCAGCGCUUGCAAAUCUAUCCAAUUGUCUUGCUUUUACGUUUCAAAUCGGCUAAGCAAAUACGUGAAAUACGCGAUUUUGGUAUUGAUAAGAUAUCGACAAAGGCGGCUAAAGAGAUGUAUGAACGCGCGCUAAAACUCGAAGCGGACUAUAAGCAAUACAUAUCAGCUGUAAUACCCGGCGUUAGCAUUAAGCAUAUGUGUACACAAAUCAAGGACUCUGUGGACAAGGAGCAGGAUAAGCUAUUGUGGGUGCCGGUUAGUGAUUGACGUGCUGCAGCCAUCGGUGCACAACUGUAUUGAAUUUAGGCUUAAGCGCGAGGCGCACAAAAUUGAUUUGUAAUAUUUGUAAGAUUUAUUUUUGUUUGCAAUGCCAUUGGGCGGUGAAAAAAACAACUGCCCUUUGGAGUUUAUGGCUUCUAUGUACGUAUGUUUUUUUUUAUUUUUAUUUAGCUUUUACGUAUGCGGCAGUCUUUUAGCUAAACCGUUGUAUUUUGCUUGAACUACAGAUUAAUGUCUUGUAUUAGUAUUUUUUUCUUGUAUUCUGUAAAUUUUUUCGCAAUGUUUGGUCAUUACCGUACAUUUUUAGUUACUUUACUCUGUUUUUAAUUCUAGGUUUUAAGCUGUAUUUACUUGUGUAUUAACUAAUCCACUAAGAAGUAUUUUGCAUAGUAUGAUUUGCUUUUAGCUGCUUUUACUAUUCUUUUAACUACUAUAAACUAUAUAAUGUGUUUACUAUGAACUGCUUUAACAUUUCCUGUUAACUAUUAACUAUGUAUGUAUGUAAUAUUUUCUAGCUUUAGCUCGUUGGAAAAAAUUUGAUUUUACCAUCCCUCUCAUAUUUUAUUGCUACUCUUUCAAUUAAGCUACCUUAAAGCGCUUGAGAACGUAAAGUAUUUUAAAUAUUUUUUUCCCUUUACAUUAUUUUUCCUGUAUUCAAAUACUGUAUUAUUAUUUCGAAAGUGUUUGCGCAUUUCUAAGCUAUUCAAUUUUAUUUUGUUGGUAUACUGCAACUGCACUCUGUGCCUUUAAGUGGUGCCUCCCGUAAAGUGUGAAAUUAAAAGAAAUAUAUAUGUAUAUUUCAAUAUGCAUAACUAAAAAUCACUUAGCCCUUAAGCCUAAUAUUCGAAUACGUCAAAUUCAUACACAAGUGCGCGUAUUUGAGUCAGCAACGAAUAUUUAAUUAAUUUUGUUACUAUUUUUAUUGUUUUAUAUAUGUAAUCUAGUGCAGGCCAAGCCUAUGGUACAGCGCAUUCAUUAUUAUUUAUACAAUGCUUUAUUAUUUUUUUGCUUUAAAUUUUAUUAAUUUAACAGUGGUACAGGGU